CUAGGACCAGGAGGAGGAGGACCUAUACGAAGCGAUCCAAAGCGAUACAGGUGAAAAGAAGAAAGAAGAAGAAGAAAAGGAAACAGAAACGGAGAAAAAAGAAGAAGAAAAAGAAGAAAAGGAAGAAUUCAUCUCUCCAACGGGUCACCUGUACAGCAAGAGCAAGAGCAAGAGCAUCUCCCUUGGUCUUGGUCUUGGUCUUGGUUCGUUGUCAGCUGAUAUUACGCGGGAAGGGACGGCAAGGCAGGCAGCGGGAAGGGUCGGGGACAUGUAAACAGAGGAGCCGAGGCGCGGACAUCACACACCGCCCUCGUGAUUCCCUCCCUGGAUCACAAAGACCAACCAGACACUCAAUCUCAAAGCUGGGCUGAAGAAUGGCCUCCUUGCUCCCCUCAGAGGUGGCCCGCCUGGUGCUCGGAUAUGUGGAAGAAAACAAGUGUGAGAAAACAUCAGCAAAACUUCAAGAAGAACUUCCUGUACUGGCGGAAUGUGCCCUGCAGAGGAGAAAGGGGCGCAAGGUGCCCUUACGGGUGGGGAGCCAGAAUUUGGAGGACAUGCUAGCCGACUACUCUGCUUCAAAGGAUUAUGUGCUGGAGAGUGUGCAAAACUACUCCUCCACCCUCAAAGAACUCCCUCGCUCCGGCUCCCUGCUCAGCCAGGUCCAGGCGCUGGUGGCCAUCAUCAUUAAUAACAAAGAUGCAAUCAAGCAGAAUAAGGCAACCCUUGGACCAAUAAAGAAUUACAAGCAGCAGAGGAGGAUGGUAAGACUUCAGAAUGACCUCCGAAUGAGAACUCACAACGCACAGUGCCACACCUCACAGCAACUAGAUGACCAGCUCAGUGCCACUCCCGCAGAAGACUUGCCAGGCUCCUCACACCGAGACUCAGGCUAUGUGGAGCAUGCUGGUGACCACUGCGGGGAGAGGUACAGGCUGAGGAGCCACAGCCACCCCUCCGGUAGCCUUCCUAGUGCCUCCCACUCUGGCCAUGAUGUGGAGGAGGCCAGACAGGACUCCUUUGGUGGGGACUCCACAUCCAUGUCCUUGAUGCAGGAUUUAGAUACAAGCCAUCAAAGGAGAAAAGGCAUUGUCAAGAGAAGGAAUCAGAGUGCUGAACAGACCCCCGUGAAGAUGAGUCCUGGCCUUGAUAAUGAAGCCAAUUUUGAGAAAAUUCUGAAGAACCUCUAUGAAAAUACAGCCCUACACGAGAAGAUAGCAGAAAACAUAAACCGUGGCCUGAGCACCCAGUGUAAGUUGGGACAUGUCCCUGGCGAGGUUGAUGAGGACAACAACAGCCUCUCCUUCAGCAGUGCCAAGAAGGGCAGGGAUUGCAGCAGCAGCAGCAUAGAUGGGAGAGAGAGGAAUUGUGGUGUUGUGGAGCCGGUGCCUGGGACCAGUGGUGGCGGGGACGCAGCUUUCUUGAAGGAGUUUGAGCACAUUGUCACCGGCAUCAUCUCUGAGACUACAUCAGACCCAGUGUUUGAGUGUCUCAUUGAUGAAGUCUUUGGAUGUAGCUCACCUCAGUCUGGUAUCUCUAAAGGUGAUGAUGGCUCAGCUGGCUUUGGUCAAGGCAGCACACCGGAACCUGCCAGUGGACCUUCAAGACUCCUGUCCACCCCAGUUCCUCCCCCUCCACCAAGCAGCACUCCGUCAUCCCAUUCACUCCUCCCCAUCGCUCAAACCGUACCCCCCCACCAGUCACCAGUCACGUGCCAUCAAAGCCCAGCACACAACCUUUCCACGCCACACAUCCACAUGUCACCAGUCAAUGACACUUCACCUUGCUUGUCACCGACCAGUGAAAGUCAUGUCCAUCAUGCUCCCAUGCCCUCAUUUUCACCUGGAUCCCACCCAACCUCCAGCUUGUGUAAACCAUUUCCUUCAUUACCGUCACCAAAGAAAAUUGAUAUGUGGGCCAAUAGAAACUUAUCUCAUGAAAACAUGCAAGUUGCUAAAGAUAAAACCCAAACUUUGAGCUCCUUAAGAGAUACCGUGCAGGAGUCCCUUCAGAAUGCCUCUUCAGACAGCAUGAGAGAAGACAUGUCAAGUUCUUGGUCCUCAUCAGUCAGGUUAGAGAGUGGCAGUUCUUGUUUGACCAAACAUACAGUUGCUGCUGCACCCUCCCUGAGCUGUAACCAGAAGUCUCCUCCACUCAGAGAGGGUAACGAUGGGAGCAAAACAACCUCUUUUUCACCUCCUGCAACACGGCUUAGCAGAAGAAAGAAAAGUAAGCAGAACUGUAGCACAAAAAGUAAAGAAGAUGAAAAUAAUCUAGGAGAACAAUUGCUCAAGGAGUUUGCUGAUUUUCAGUCCUCAAGGUCAGACAAAGUUGAUGGAUGUGAGGAGAGUGGGAAGUUAAGGAGUGAUGAUCAAAGUGAGGCACCAGAAGAAGCAAACCUAACACCCAUUGAAUUACCAACAGAGAAAGAAACUGCCAAUGACCAGGAAGGUGAAGGUAAUCUUAAGGUGCCAAGCAAAGAGUCUACACCCACCUCUCAGCCCAGACAUGAAACACAAAUAGCAGGACUUGAAAACACUAACCUAGAGCAGGCAUGUCAAGGUGCCCCUGUAGGUGGUGAGGAUGCUCAUGCUGGGGACGAGGGCCACAGUGGUACAGGGCAAGUGGAGAUGGAAAUGGAAACUCAGACUGCUGUAGAACCAGAGACAGAACCAGCAAUAAGUUCGGAGGCUUUGGCUGUUAAUGUUUGCCACAGUGAUAGCAAGCUGAAAGAAGUAAACAAGGAAGUACAGUAUAAUAAUGAAAGUCAUGCAUUGAAACUGAACUCUGCUCCUGUGCCACUAGUUAGAAGCAACACCAUACCAGGACUUGUUCCCUCCGUGAGCUCAUCCGAGGAGAACACUUACACCAUCACAGAGCUUGCUCCUGCCGCCCCCCUGGAUCUAACGUCACUUGUGUCAUCAAUGUGUUCAGUCGAUGGAUAUGACAUCAGCUACCCAGACCCCACACAUGCCAGUGCUGCCUCAUGGAGUGCUCAGACUCCCAGCUCAUCUGUGGUCCAGAGUGCAAAUGUCUGGGAUCCUACAGAGGUCACUCAACACAGCCUUGUCCAGCAAGAUACUGAUGCCCAGAGGAACGUGGAAAGCCAGCCUAAGCCACUCACCGUGUUCCUGCCACCAGUAGCAACCAGAAAGGAAGCUGAGAAACAAUUGAUGAACUUCGUUAAUGAAGGUGGCUUUAAGACCAUGAACAUCCCAACAUUCACUGCGCCUCUGUCUCACAGCAUCACUGCCAACAAGCUCACCGGAAAUGAAAUCCAGUUCCAUACAACGUCUGCUUACCCAGGAAGGCUGAUGCAUACUAUAGCCCCCAAGAUGGCCUCCUCCUACCCUCUGUCACAAGGCCCUGCAGAUGGAACUGAGAAAGUGAGCAGAUUUACAACCUACACGCUGGCUAACAACAUAACAUUCACGGUGCCGGAGGUCGCCACACUCGCGGAUGGUCCGGAAAACAAAGGCGCCAAGGGAAAAGGCUCAAGAAAGACCUCAGCAAAGAAAAAAACAAAAAACAGUUCCAAUAACACUGGAUCAAAUGAAUCUAAACCUAAGAAAACCAGACCAACUAAGUCUACAUCAAAGAAAAAUGGACCAAAUAAGUCUCCAACAAAGAAAACUGUAUCUAAAAAGUCUGCACCGAAGAAAACAGGAUCAAAUAAGUCUAAAGCAAAGAAAACUACGUCAAAGAAGAGUGCAUCCAAGGAAGGGGAAUCAGGCUUGACCACCCCACAGGAAGUAACACCAGGAGCUGCUGCGGAAAGUGUAAAACCUAAAAGUAGUGCAACAAAGAAAACUCAAGAGACCAAAACUAAUAAAGGUAAGAAAGCAACACCAAAGAAAAGGCAGAAGACCAAAAAUAAGUCUGAGGCUAAGAAGCCGUCACAAAGGAGCAGAAAGUCCUCCAAAGAGAAUCAGGAGUCAGAGGCAAACAUGAGCGACAACAACAUAAUCUCGGUGGCUCUUUCGUUUGCCCUGAACUCUGUCACCCCUAAGAAGAAUGAAUCCCUGCCUGAGGAGCCACCUACUGGAGAGACUUCGCAUGAUGGUGCAUCAGGCACAGGGGUCAGUGCAGAGAGUGUAGAGGGAGUCACUGCCGAGACUAAAAUUGUCACAAGAGAGGAAGCUGGCAGUGGCGACCCGAGUCUUUCAGCAACAGGGGGAGUUAGCGGUGAGCAUACUCUCUCCAGAACAGGGCUAGCUAGUAGUGAGCCUGAUGACAUGGCAGCAGCUACUUCAGAUAGUCAGGGUAGUCCUGGGGAAGCCAGUUGCUCCAUGAAGAACAGUGGUAAUGAAGUGGUACAAGCCAGCAGUACAGAGCACAUUGCUGGCAACACAGCUCCACAGAGCACCAGUAAACAGAAACAGGUAUCCAGGAAGUUUAACUCUGGUAGAUCACCCCAGUUGAAAGCACUCCUGGAGUUGUCAAGAAGCCUCUCUCCAUCAAAAAGAGCACUUGCCUUGAAGGAAUCCUCUCAGUCAGAGGAAAGUCCAUGCAUAAGAACGCUGCACAUGCGAGGGAGUCAGAGCACCCCAAGUCGUAAAAACAGCCACAUCAGGGUGCUGGACUUCACCACACCACAGAAACGUAGUGCAUUCACAAGGUCACCACGAAGAGCUGUUACCAACUUAAAGUUUUCGCCGCCUGCAGGCCUGAGGUUCCAAAGAAAUUCUAGAAAAUUUUCUCAGAAUCCUGCAGCAAAACCAGAAGCCUUGAAAAAGAUUGCUGAGGAAGAGAGUGCAGUGACAAAGACUAUAGACAAAGAGCAUGCAGUAAGUGAUAAGGGGAAGCUAAGGGCAGGGACGUCAUCACCAAGGAAAUCAUCACCCAGAGGUUCACGGAUUUCUCCCUGUGUCAGACCAAGAAGUGAUGACAGAAAGUCUGAUACUAAAUGUAGUAAUUCAAGACAGACGUCAGUGGGUUCUCUGAGUAAGGUUGACUUUCUGGAUCCCAAACACUCUUCCCUGCUUCUGAGCGAGGACGAGGAGAACAUUGUCCUGCACCUGGAGGGGGAAGACAGUUUGAGCUCCUGUGGGAAAUCGCCUGCAUCGGAAAGUGGCAGCGUACAUCUUUUUGAUCUUCCCCGAGUUGAUUCUCAGGGCUUUAACUUCAACAUGAUCACCAAUGACCCAAAUUCAGACUCUCUUGAAGAUGAAUUACCCGAUCUUAUGGGAACCUUUGCAGUCUCAGACAUCGUUCAGCAUUCAGGAGCAAGACCAAAACAGAUGGAGACACCAAGUAAAGCAGCAGCAACCAUUCCAUCCAUUUCCUUGAGCCCAGUGUGCCUUGAGCCUCCCACUCCAAUCUUACCAAGUGAGCAGAAAAGUAACUCCAAUACUUGUGAUGACCUCCACACUCCCGUCCCCAUGGUUGUGCCCAAUGUAACCAGGACUCCUCUCAUCAAAGACUACCCCCAGGGGCCUUACUCCAGCAGCUCAGUGUGUUCUUCUUACUAUAUGCCUUCAGAACGAUCUUUUACAGAAUCUGAAGAUUCUCCCAAUAAACUAGACACUCUUGAGGAAAAUGCAGAAAUUGAGGAGCUGGACUCUCUUGUUUCUAGUUCAGAGAAUGAUUCAGAGCUGAAUAAUACUGUCAAGUAUGCUGGUUCAGCUAAGAGUUCCAAGCAGAAGAGUGGCCCUGGCCAUGGGGCUAAGAAUGAUGUGGCUAAAUCUACCCCCAAAAGGAGUCCCGCUAAAUUGCCCGGGAAGGAGAUGGGGGAGUUGAUAGAGCAAGAAAUGUUAAGAUUAUUCUCUGGACAGGAAUCCAGUAGCCCCACAAAAGAGCCUGACCAGGUUGAUACUCCAAGCUUAAAAUGUUCUGCCUCAAGUGACUCAAAUUCUAGGGACUCAUCAAAAGGUAAGCAAGGAAAGAAGAGAAGAAUGCCUUCUAUGAAAUACCAGAUUCUUGUUGACUCAACCUGCUCAGAAGAUGAAACAGAUGUCAGAAGUGAAAACAGAUUACCAAGUGUCAGUUCAAGUAAAAGGAGAUCAAAUGAAGUGCCAGCAGCAAGGCUGAAACUCAAGAAGGGCUCAAGAAACCAUUGUGGAAAAGCAGAUGAGAAGGAAGUGGAACAAGCUCAAGGGGAAAAGCCAACAUCAGAUUUGAAAGAAGUGGAGAGUAGUAUAUCGGAGAGUCGGAGAAAGACCUCAGAAAUGGAAAAUACAGAUGACAGCAUGACAAGAACUCCUCGGAAGAAAAUGACCUCCAUAUCAGAGAAGACAGAAAACAGGGUGAUGAAAAAGAGUCCGAAGAGAAAACUUUUAACCCUGGAAUCAAAGGAGGCAGAAAACAGCAAGACAGAAUCUCAGAGGGAAAGAGAAACCUCGGGGUCAAAGGGAACGGAAACUCCAAGAAAGAGACAGUCACUUGAUUUAGAAGAGGCAGAAACUUCAGAGAAAAAACUGUCCCUGGAAUUAGAAGAGGCAGAAAGUAGCAAGGCAGAAACACCAGAAAACAGACUGUCCUUGGAAUUAGAAGAGGCAGAAAGUAGCAAGGCAGAAACACCAGAAAACAGACUGUCCUUGGAAUUAGAAGAGGCAGAAAGUAGCAAGGCAGAAACACCAGAAAACAGACUGUCUUUGGAAUUAGAAAAGGCAGAAAGUAGCAAGGCAGAAACACCAGAAAACAGACUGUCUUUGGAAUUAGAAAAGGCAGAAAGUAGCAAGGCAGAAACUCCAGAGAACAGACUGUUUUUGGAAUCCGAGGAGGCAGAAAGCAGUAGUGCCGAGACUCCAGAAAAAAGACUGUACUUGGAAUCAGAAGAAACAGAAAGCAGUGAUUCAGAAACUCCAGAAAAGAGGACGUCCUUGGAAUCAGAGAAGGCAGCAAGCAGCAAGGCCGAAACUACAGGGAAACGACUGUCCUUGGAAUCAGAGAAGGCAGCAAGCAGCAAGCCCGAAACUACAGGGAAACAACUGUCCUUGGAAUCAGAGAAGGCAGCAAGCAGCAAGGCCGAAACUACAGGGAAACGACUGUCCUUGGAAUCAGAGAAGGCAGCAAGCAGCAAGCCCGAAACUACAGGGAAACAACUGUCCUUGGAAUCAGAAGAGGCAAAAAAUAGCAAGACAGAGACUCCAGGACUGCAGUUAGGAUCAGAGGAGGCAGACACCAAGAUGACAGUGACUCCAAGGGAAAGAGUAGCCUUACCCUCUGAUGUCUCUCCAAAAAGAAAUGUAAAGAAAGGAAAAUUGACUUCCCAUGAUGAAAAAAGAGAUUCUCCUUUGUAUGUGAGGAAGCUGAGUGCAGGGGGUCAAGCCAAAGAAAAGGAAGAGGCGGCUGAAAGAAAUCCCGUCACCAAACCAUUGCCGGUGCCUCCGUCAGAAAGUGUCACCGAUAAAGCACAGUGUGAAGGGAGCAAAAAAAUCAUAUAUACCAUUGAAGAUGUCUUUGGUUCAGAUGUAAGUAGCUCAGAUGACUCUAACCUGAAAAGUCCCUCCAGUAAAGAGAAUGACUCAGACUCAGGAGACAGCUUUUCCAGUAAGCCCUCCACGCCAGUAGAAGGUGAAGUGCAUGUUGCUGAGGAAGAGAAUCAGACCACUUUGAGGAGAAGCAACAGGUCAACAAGAAACCGAGGCGUAUCACGUUUCCAGUCGGCCGAAGUCUUACGUGUGCAACGAAAGCCAUUUGGAGUUGGAAGAGGCCGAGCCAAUGGGCGUCAGGCAGCUCCGAGAGGGAGAGGGCGGAGAGGUGGAACUGUACACAUUGAGGAGGUGGUGAUAGAGGCGAUCUUUGGCACUAGUGACUUAAGCUCAAAGGAAACAACCCCUGAUGGCAGUGAAGUUGCAGUUCGGCCUAAAAUCAAAAGAGGUCUGGGAGCAAGGAGACCUGGAGGUGGGAGGGCCAGAGGGAGAAGCAGAUCAUUGAUAGACAGUCCUGAAUCCCCUGACGAAGGAGCACAGAAGGAAGGGAGGAAGUCUGCAAGUGCUCCAGUGUACAACAUUUCUGAUUCUUCAUCAUCACCAGAAGCUUCAGAUAAGUCUAGGGAGGAUGAGGAACAUGAAGCUGCAUCUGAACUAGACACAAACAAGAAAGGCAAGGAUGGUAAGAGCCUUGAGCUGCAGCAAAAUGAGGGCCAUGAAUUACAGCAAAGUGAGGGCCAUGAAUUACAGCAAAAUGAAGACCAUGGAUUACAGGAAAAUGAAGGCCAUGAAUUACAGCAAAAUGAAGACCAUGGAUUACAGGAAAAUGAAGGCCAUGGAUUACAGCAAAAUGAAGACCAUGAAUUACAGCAAAAUGAAGACCAUGGAUUACAGCAAAAUGAAGACCAUGGAUUACAGGAAAAUGAAGACCAUGAAUUACAGCAAAAUGUGGGCCAUGAAUUACAGCAAAAGAAAAUUAGUAAGUUAUCUUUGAAUUGGACCCUUAAACCACAGCAAAGCAAGACCCAAGCACUGCAACAAACUAAGGACCAUGAAUCUCCACAGACUGAGGACCAUGAAUCUCCACAAACUGAGGAAAGUAAUUCAGCUCAAAAUAAGGCCCAAAAAUUACGACCACCAAUCCAAAAGCCAUUCUCCUGCUGGGGUGGAGGCAUGAAGACCCCAAAUUCUUCUGAGGAUAGUAAUUCAGCUCAAAAUAAGGCCCAAGAAUUACGACCACCAAUCCAAAAGCCAUUCUCCUGCUGGGGUGGAGGCAUGAAGACGCCCAAUUUUUCUGCUGUUAGGAACCACACAACCUUAAAACCAAAGAACUUUAGGAUUCUCUGGUCAUCAAACUCGAAAGAAUCCGGAACCUCUGUGAGUGUCAAGACCAUUAAUGUAGGGGACCACAGCACUGAGGACCAGCCACAUGAGUCAAGUUCUCAGUGUCACCAGCUCCCACAAGAGGAUAACUCAUUGCAUUCAGAGGUUAAAGUUGUGAAGGAGAAGCAAUGUGAAUCUACUCAGCCUCAGCCCCAGACCAAAGCCACACCUGGGAGUGAACAUGAAAAGAGACAGCUGCCUGCAUCCACAUCCCAGCCUCAUCUCCCACAAGAGGAUAACUCAUUGCAUUCAGAGGUUAAAGUUGUGAAGGAGAAGCAAUGUGAAUCUACUCAGCCUGAGCCCCAGAACAAAGCUACACCUGGGAGUGAACAUGAAAAGGGACAGCUGCCUGCAUCCACAUCUCGGCCUCAUCUCCCACAAGAGGAAAGGGCCAGACAUGACAAGAAACAGACAUUUGAACCCAUCUCUCAGCCCCUCAAGACCCCAAAGAGUGUACAAACAGGGAGUGAGGAAAUAAAGAAACACUCAUCUGCAUCAAGUAACCAGACCUCGCAACUUACAAGUAACACUCCAGUUGUGGGAAAAGAAAUAAAGAAACAAUCGUCUUCAUCAUCUAAUCAGGCCUCUCAACCUAAGAGAAAGAACACAGUGGAUGGAAGCAAAAAAACGAUGGAAUGGCCAACUUCAUCUACUCAAACUUCUAAACCAAAGAACAGCAGCAGCACCAAAUCAGAAGGGAAAGAAGGCAUGAAGAACCCAAUCCUAUCCACCACUGAGACUUCACUGCUCAAACAAAAGAACAACAACUCAAAUGAAGAAGUUGCAAAAGAGAAGAAUAGCUCAUCCACCCAUCUGGCUCCACAGCUCAAAAGGAAGAGAAGUACCUCAAGGGAAGAAGGUGCAGAAGAGAAGCUGAGUUCAUCCUCCCAUCAGGCAUCUCACCCCAAGAAGGGCAAGUCCAAAAGAAAUAAUAACCCAUGUAGCAGGGAAGAAGGCAUGGAAGGAAAGCCAAGCCCAUCCCUGCCUCAGCCUCUUCAGCCCCAGAAGAAGAGAGAAACACCCACACAGAGGAGUCCACAGUCCCAGGGUUGUGCCAGGUUGAUCGUCUUCACAGGGCCAUCACCCAACAUCUCCCUGCACCGACUACGAGAGGAGGGAGACCUGGGCCAAGUGAUCAAUGUCACACCAAGGCUACACUUAAAGGAAAAAAGAAAAAGUCCUAAAGUUCCUCAAGAUAAAAUAAAUAGUGCUGCAAAGUCUUCAUCAAAACGGAAGAGGGCCGCCAAGAGCACUCCAGAAGCUGCGGUGGAACAGGAAAGUGUCCUAAAGCCUUCACCGAGGAAGAGGAGUCUGACCUCCAGUUCCAGACAUGAAGGAGACCGUCAUGGCCCGCAGGCAUCUCCUCUGCCCACGUCAUUAACACCUGACUGCCGAACUGGAAUGGCUAAACUUAAUGCUGACUCUACCAAGAGUAAGAACGUGGGUAAUGAUCCACAGUCCUCUUUACAAGCAAGACUCAAACAGGCAAAUGAAGGCAGAUCCUCAAAAAAAGUUAAAGGCAAAAAUAUAACUCAAGCUUCUGGAAAGGAAAGAAUUUCUUCUGCUAACAAGUCUUUCACCUUGGUCCCUUCCGGUCGUCAUGAGACUGAAAAAACUAGUAAAGCUCAUAAAGGAACCCAUGACAGUGCAAAAACUUCCUCUAAAAACUGUGGUACAAAGACUGAUGUCCCCCCUGCAGAAAUGAGCUCUCCUGUUAGGACAGUAUCAAGUCACAGUGAUGCAGAAGAAAACUCCAAGGAGCACUGCCUCAUGACCUACACUGCCUUGCCUUCAACACCUGAGAAAAAGGUGGGACGAAUUUGCCAUUCCAUCGUCAAAGAAGGGAAGGCCAUGGUAGCCUUUCCCUCGCCCUCAAAGCCACACUCGGUAUUACCUAACUUGAUGAUUCCUCAGCGUAGUUUGUUCAGGGACCAAACGGACACGGCUGAACAACCUCAAAGUUUUAGCAGCACUUCUUGUUCUCUCCAGGGCAAAUCUGGAGGUGAGGGGAAUCAGGGAUCAAGGAGAAUGUUUGAUGAUUAUUCACAACUUAACUUCAGUAAUAAGAUUGUUAUGAAUGAUGCUGCUGAAAACCUACACCAAGGAGAGAGGAAAACAGCAAAAUGUAACCUGAUUAGAAAAACGAAGGAAAGCAUUUCAAUCAAUAGUGUUGGAGGUGAUCACCACGGCCCCCAAAAUGAAGAGGGGUCUAAGAAUUCAGAUAUUCUGCAAGGUACUGCAAAUGAACGAAUGCUAACCGACCUCAGAGAAUUUACUAAUGUUCGUCAGGAAGAUUAUAUUGUGCAUGGAAGCCAAAGCUCUUCACACUUCACAGGUGAUGAUGAUGAGGAAAAAGUGGAGGAAGAAGAAGACAGUGACGUCCUGAGGAUUGAAGAGCACUCUGAAAAUGAGUAUGAGGACGUUGAAGUGAUUUCCAAAAUAGAGCUGCAGUUUAGUAACAUGAUUGACAUUUUCUCCUUAAACCUUGAUCAUGAAAAGGAAAUACAAAGCAAACAGCACACGCCUUCCCCACCAACAACAAAGCAAAAGAAGAAAGAGAAGAGUUCCACAUCCCCAAGAAGAAAAACACCAGCACAGGGCACUCGGAAAGCACCCACAAAGAGUUACCUCACACCAGUCACUCCUAAGAGACCUCUCGCCAGGAAGAGAAGGAGCAGUGGGGCCACACCUGGAUGCCAUGCGCUGACAGAGAAAGGCAGGACAAAGGUGGGAAGGGCCAGCAUUCAGUCACUCACUUCCCAUAAAUUUCAAAGCUCAACCGAGGAAGAAGCCGGGUGUUAUGCUGGGCGGAGUCGGCCAGUGGAGAGGAAAAGGGAGAGCCACACCUCUACUGAGAAGAGACGAAGGAUCACCCCAAUAAGGAUCGGGGAUGUGGAGUCUCGGGGAAAAGUCGGAACUCCCAAAGAACCUCACUGGGGCCAUAACAGAGGCGGCGCAGGAGUCCAUUGGGAGACGACGGAGGGGAGAGGAAGUGCCUGGGGUCAACUGGAAAGAUUCGGAGGUCGAGGAGGUCUGAGUGAACGUAGUGUCAGCUCACUCUCCAGUAUCAGUCCUGGACGCCUUUUGAUCUCUGAGUCUCCUAGAGGGCCUGACUCCUCUCCAGCAGCCCUGUCAGACUUUGCAGCCCCCAUCAACCACACAUUGCCCAGCUUGCCCCUAACAACAGUCCCUGCCACCACCACACCCCCCAAGACAAGACCUGUGACAGCCCCAGCCUCCCCCAUGUCCAGCACUGCCUCUUGGGUGUCUUCAGGCGACCCAAGGCUAGAGAGGCAGGGGACUAACUCACAGACAUACAUCAUUGAGUCAGAAGCAUCAAGGGAAGUAGGGGAGGACAACUUUCUAGGAAGAAGAAUGCUAAAUGACCACAGCUCCCCCUUCAGACAGCGCAAAGCCCGACAUAUGGCACAGGAGCUCCACAGAGGCGGCAUCUUGGAAAUCGCCCGCAGCCCCGACAAGCAACUGGCCAUCAUGACGAGCCAUCUGCAGGGAGGGAGUCUACACAUGAGUGAGGAGAGCCUGCUGAGUUUGCCUCGCACCCCCCCCACCCCAGGCAAGCAUCUCUUCAUCCCUCCUCCUCCAAGCCUUCCUGGAAUCUUCUCAAACAGCAGCAGCAGCAGCAGCUACUUCCACUCACAAUCGAGGCAGGACUCCAUCAACCUCCCACCGAAGAAGCGAAGGGAGUUGGUCUUCACCUCUGACCAAGGGAAACCACAGGAAUUUUCUAAGGAUAGCAACAUUUGAAAGUUCCUCAACUCUGUGUGUCGCCAUGAAGGUCUGUUGGAGGGGAAGUGGCUGCUGAGACUCAGUGUUCCUCCCAAUUCUUCAGCACAGGACCCUGCCUCCUGCCAGAUGUCUCUUCCUGAAGUAACCAUCUGUGAAUUCAAAACUCAUUUUAUGGUUAUGAGAAUAAAAAGAGGCUCAGUCGAGAUUCCUGGUCACCAGGAAUCUCUGAGAAAUAUACCAGGCACCAGGCACCAGGACCUUGUGCCACCACCGUACAUAUGCUGGUAUAUUUCUCAGAGAAUAAACCACACAGAAACUAAACCCCAGAAAAAUGGGCUAAAAUAUUUUGCCAAAACCUUUUGCUGUCAGUGAGUAUUUACCAUUGAACACUUUGAGAGUUGUCUCAUGCACUGAGUGGUGGUGUGAGUGUAAGUCAAACAAGCCUGGUUAAAACCACACAUGAUUCCAAGCCUCACAGAUGAGGUUUGAGACUAAAAUCAUCUUGCUUGUGAUAGCCAGCAUGCGUGUGGCUGUUUUGAGCUACCGUAAUCUUGAAGUACCUGAGUUGGUGAACAACGUGAGCUGCAUCCAAAUCUGAGGAUAGUAAUAAUGAUCCAGUGAGUGAAGACAAGUUAUGGACAAAAUGGUUUUCUUUAAUUAGAAUGGAAUCAUACAAUUCUGUUGUUAUAUUGAUACAUUAUUUGCAUCUCUGCAUCACUAUGGAUAAUCUAAGUUAUGAAAAUUAUUGACUUGAUAAAAAAAUGAAAAAAAAAAAGGCAGCGUAACUUGUUUUUUCUUUGCUUGUGUAAAAGUUUUGAUUUUGUUACUGUGUUGGUGAAUCAUGGGAGGCAUAGCUUGGCUCAGGCGUGUUUCUAAUGGUUAACUUUAUAAUUUCUCUCAUUAUGUCAGCUUGUCACAGGUCAAGCUUUUAUGUAGCAGCUUAUGUUCAAUUAAGUGUGCAGGGAAAAUGCUUAAUUACAUCAUGUUUGUUGUAUCUUUUAAUAUUUUAUAUCCUCAUGCUGCAAUGUUAAAAGAAAUUGUAAAGUUGUAAGCCCCUUUUUUAAAUUUUUUGAUAAUACAUUUGUAGAUCUUCAAAUAGUGAAAUGGUUGUACUUUAGUUUGAUGAAUGACUUGUGUAGCGAGGACACGUUUGCUUGAGUCCUCAGUCCUCCAUAAAGGAUUGAAUUAUAAGUGAAAUUGGACAUCAGUAUUGAGCUGCCAGGAAAUAGUCAUCAGUGUUGCCUUGAUGUGAGUGUGUUAAAGUAAAUUUUCAUCAUCAUCAUCAAGUUGCCCCAUUUCCAGGAUGAAGAGUCAGAAUUGCCUUUGCCAGGUAUUCAUAUAAUAGUGUAGAUUAAAUAUUGCAUGACGAAUAGAAAAAAAAUAUCAAGAUCGUGACCGAAAACAAAACUUUCUUCUACUAAACAGCCAUGACUUAAUGUAGUAAUGUAAUGACUGUUGUUAAUGUAGACCUAAGUACUAAAGUAAAGGGUUAAGGAUGCCAGAUUCAAGACAUACUAUAGGGAAAGUUGACCCGUGAUUACAGACAGUUCAAGUGUGUUUUCUUCCCCUGGUGUCAUGUCGGAGUCCCUUGACCUGCUCCCUAGGUUUACGUUAAGGAGAAGCAGCUGUACUCUGAUAAUUUAUUGCAGUCUGGCUUUCAGAUGUUACCUGAUAAAUGUUUUGUACUGAAUUUUACUAUGUAGUUGGUAUAAGGAAGCUCAUUGCCAAUAGAACCAAAGAUUAUUUUUUUACAGAAAUCUGUUGUAAGUUUAACUGCUUUGUACAUAUAGUAUAUAAGGUUACCUAUUUGUGGGUGGGUGGUGUGAGUGGGGGGAGUGCGUUAUCAUACUUACUUUCAUAAUUUCUAUACCUAAGUUGUGGCAUAUUUUCUGGUCCCUGUGAUAUGAAUGCGUGUAACUUAUGAUGGUUAGAAAGUCUUCCCAUGGUGCUGCUCUUACCCCUCUCCUGUGUUUCCCAGUGUCCUUAGCAGUCACAAAAAUAUCUCAUUGGACAGUAUUGGAUUUACAUUUUUCCUUCUGUCUUCAGAUUUGCUUCACCCUCUGAAUGCUGCCACCAAACAUUGUCUCAUAACUGACCCGUCACUAUAUAUACAGUCUGCUCCACUCUCAUGGAUUAUUAUCUGUGAAGAACUAUAUAAUGAGUUGCCACUACAAUGUCUGGAUCUGGAUGAUGCGCAGGGCACCCAUCAGGUGCAUAACACACAUAUAAUCUUAUUCUGUUUACUUUUCCUAUGACUGGAAGCUAUAAAACUCAACUUUUUAAGGGCAGUGUUUUGUUUUAGGCAUAGGUUCAAAGUACAAACUUUUGAGUAAUCUUCCGUCAUUUAUACAGCAUGUUGGUUAAAUCCAUCCAGUGUUUUUGACAUGUUCAUUUUUAUGACUGGUGUGAUAGUAUUCCUCAAACCUUCCUUAUUGGGUGAUUUUGUAUUUACUUUCAACCAUUCAUGGUCAUCGUGUAUGUCUGUAUUUACCUUGUUUAUACAGUUGUAGUUUUAAGAAUUUAAGUUGCUCAUUAAUCUGCCUCUAAAUCCCUAUUUAUUCAUUUUUUUCUUUAUUCAUGAAUGUUCCUUGCCUGAAUCACUUCUGGAUGUAGGCCAAUAGUUGCCAAGAGUUUUAUAAUGGAUUCUGAAUUUCUUGACAUCUUGAGUUUAUUAACCAGCCAUUGUUCAAAACUUCUCAGUCAACUUUUUCUUUAUACAUAAUUGAGGAAUGCCUCUGUCUCUCAAGUGUUGGAAGGUUUAGUAUUUCAACCUCUCCUCACAUGGUGAAGGUCUGUGGAUUUGGUAGGAUUCUUGAUGCUACUCUUUGCAUCCGCUAACCGCGCAUUUUAUCCCAGGAGCUCUUGGAAGGAUGUCCUUUCAUUGAAGUAGUGUGCCUUCAAUUGUGUGUGUGUGUGUGUGUGUGUGUGUGCGUGUGUGUGUGUUGGUUUGCAAAGUGUACAGAAGUCGAUCUGAUGCUCACAAUAUCCUGUUUCAGUUUCUUCUUUUAUUCAGUUGACUUUUAAAAAGAAAAAAUGUUUAUAUUCUAUUAUUUUUGUAAGGUCAUUUCAGAUGUUAUUCAGUAUGUUAAAUUUUUGACAAAGUCAUUAUUGGCAUGUAUUGGGAUUUUCAUAAUUUUUGUAGCAUAUGUUCGGCAGGUGCAUAAGGUAACCUAAGUACUGUUUUGUAUGACUCAUAAAAUAUUUUUAUCACAAAA